GCAGGAAGUUUAGGUUAACUUUGCAUAGUCGAUAAGACGCAGCACGCAAUGUGAACUUGGUGUCUCGCUUUUAAAAAGAAACAAAUUCUCUCCUUUUAAAAUAAACUUUAACCUGCAUUUCUACGAUAAGUCACACCACAUAAAGACCAUGGAAAAGCUGAUGUCAGACGAGGACAAACUUGCUAAGUUGCUUUCAAGUGACACUGAUUUCAUCCUUGAUAAGAGUGAGAAUAUUUUAUCGAUGAAGGAGGGUAAAGAGAUACAAAAGCAAAAUAGUCCAUUGGGCAAAAUGAAAUUGCUUUUGAAAACAAUUAAGGGAAACGAGGCUACUGUGUGCAAAUUCUGUGACAUUGUGAGGGAACAUCAAGCACAUUAUCCAUCACUGCAACAGGAGCUCAAAUCAGGAGCUCAAGGCUCCUCCACUCCAACAGUGUUCGCAGAUGCUAACAGUGCUGUCACCACCGGAGAAGUAAGAGAUACAAAAGUAAAACAAUCUCUCAAAUUUGAGGCUAAAACAGUGAGUCAGCCAGGAAGGAGUGCAUCUGGGAAUGCUGUUCAACAGGUUCGUCAAGCUAAUGUUGACGCACGGGAUGGCAGUAUAAUAAUGGCUGACAAAGUAAUAGGUUCUACGAUUGAGGGUGACUUAACCUUUUCAGCGUGUGUGGGACAACCAGCAUGUUUAGGGCCGGUAAAAGAGACACUGCCUCAGGUACGGGUCACUCAGGGUCCUGCUGAGAAAAGGAUCACUGAGCACAAAGUGAAAAUCACUGAGUGCCUGAUGGCAGAUCACGUCUACAUCCUUCAGCAUAUGCAACAAGAAAAAGUCAUCACCAAGAGAAAAUAUGAUAAACUAAUGCAUAUAUCACAGCCAGAAGAAAGUAUUAUCGACCUGAUCGAUCACAUGCUUGAUAAUGGUGAAGAGUCCUGCUCUCAGUUUCUUGAGGUUCUCAAGCAGCCCGAUGUUCUUGCAACCUUCCCAAAGCUCAUAGAAAUGACAAAGAAUUGGUCAUGAGCAACAUACAUGUCAUGCUUUUUUGCAUCAUUUACUUUGAGCCUUGCAUUGUUAAGUGAAGUGCACACAUUCUUAAAUGUAGGGUUCUGCAAAAUGUUCUGUUAUAUUAAUAAUACAUUUCAUUGUCUUUGGGUUACUGUGGUUUGGGGAGAACUCUUCCGGGUUGAGGAAGACCUCUUUUAUAGGCCUAGUUAUUAAGUUCUUGGUUUUGUAAAAGUUUUUCCUUUCUUUUGGGUAAA